UGGCUGGAUUUGGGCCGUCGUAUUUGAAAACUCGGAGAGGAUCAGUCACAUUGAGCUAUGCUAGUUAAGGCCCAUCUAAACAGUGCAUUACCCGUACAUAUAUGGUCCUUUAGCUGGGGAAAAUGUCUGGACUCUGAAAUUCUGCCGCCAAAAACAGAGCCAAAAAUGAAGGACUAUCAUACUCCACUAAAGGAAGAUCUCUCCAAUCGGAAAUCCAAGGAGUCUCGAUUGAAGAAGCCUCAAAAGAUUGCUACGAAAAGCUUGAAUGGUGUGUUUUCCUCGGUUUCUGAAGCUCUUUCCUCCGAGACCAUCAAGGAAUCCAGUGAUUUCUCUGCCAUUUCAGAGAUUUCAGACUCUAAUUCUACCAGCCUAAUGGCAAAAAGCUCUGCAUUGGCGUUCAAUCCAGUUCUUUCAGCUUCAUCAGAAACAUCUCCUCUUUCUGAUCUUACUCCGAAUUCAAAGAUUCUCACAACCUCUGAUGAGCCAGGCGAUGUGUCUAUGGUGCUUUCCCGAUUCUACAAACCAGACGGUUCUGUGGAGAUAGAUAUUGUGGCCAAUUUCCUCAAACAAGCUCGAACUCGGGUCUUAAACUCCACUAAUGCGGAUCAGCAGUCGAAGAAGAUCCUAGAUGCAUUAAUUAAGGUUGUGCUAGAUGAGUACCACGCUCUACCUGAAGAGAUGGACUGGUACUCUGGACUUGUUUCUGCGAAAGUUCGCGUCGUAUUUCUUUGCUUCUUGCUUUGGGGCUUCAUAGUCUCUGUGAUGUUCUUUUUGGGUUUAAGAUUGGACUCUUACAGUGGACCCUCACCAACUUGAACCAAUAUGAAGAGGUACGAUUUUUUUGCCUUCGCUAGUUUAGUGUCGUUAUUUUUUGGAAUGCUGUUGAUUUUAUUUUGUCAUUGAUUUGAUGCUGCUUUUAGUGUGGAAUCAGUUAACGUUUAAUUAUGUAGUGCAGUUGUGCUAUUCAGCUCCGUGUUCCUAUAAAAUCGUCUGAUUUCAUACAAAGCCUCGGGAAAUUGAUUAUAUUUAUGUGCUGCA